CAACACCACGUACAUCUACCCAUUUUUGUCACUACUUUUUGUAUGAAUAAUUUAUACAACAAAAUUAAGGGUUAAAAUUGCAAUUAUUGACCAGCCAACUUUGAUCGGUGCAAAUUUUAUUCAAUGGGGUUGUAAUGUAAUGCUGUAUUUAUCUAUAAAUUUCUACAUUCUUCACCUCUUUCUUUCUCCAUUGAUAUGAUUUUUAUGGGUGUAUUUUCUUGUGCUAAAUCGAAACGUGCUUCUGGUUCUACCUCUUCUGCCUUUUCUUUUCGUUGUCAACAGAUCUCUCGAGGAAUGUGCUUGCUGUUUUUGUGCCGUGUUCUUGUUAUUCUUGAAUAUUAAUUAUUGAUUCACCUCACUCAAAUCUCAAGGAAUUCAGGCAAUAAAUUAGAAAUAUAAAAAUGUUUCUGACAGAGAGUAAAGCAGCAGCUAUAGUUUGUAUGCUGGUGUCCCUUCUAUUUUUGGGAACAUGGCCUGCAAUUCUGACUCUUUUGGAGAGAAGGGGAAGACUUCCUCAGCAUACUUAUCUUGAUUACUCCAUUACCAAUUUUCUGGCAGCUGUUCUUAUUGCUGUCACUUUUGGCCAGAUUGGUGGAAGCACACCCAGUAUGCCUAAUUUCUUUACUCAGCUCACUCAGGAUACAUGGCCAUCUGUUUUGAUGGCAAUGCUCGGUGGAUUGUUCUUGAGCUUAGGUAAUGUCUCAAUACAAUACGCUUGGGCAUUUGUUGGGCUUUCGGUUGCUCAAGUUGUUACUUCAAGUAUUGCUGUUGUGAUAGGCACAACUUUAAACUAUUUCUUGGAUGACAAAAUAAACAAAGCGAGCAUACUAUUUCCCGGUGUAGCAUGCUUUCUGACUGCAGUAUUGCUUGGUUCUGCUGUGCACUCCUCCAAUGCAGCUGAUAAUGUAGCUAAGCUUCGCAGUUUCCACGAGAAUCUACAAGAUACAGAAAAAGUGCCCGAGACUUCAAAUGAGCAAGAAGCGCCUUCUGCAAAAGAUAUUAUGGACAGUGUCGAUGUUGAAGACGUUUCUGCAGAGGAAGCCAAAAAGGCUGGAACAGCUGAUUUUAUAAUAGCAGUUGAAAGCCAAAGAGCUAUUAAGGUAGUUGGCGAAAGCAAGCUGGUUGGCAUGAGCAUAACUUUAUUUGCUGGUAUAUGCUUUGCACUCUUCUCACCUGCAUUCAAUCUUGCGACAAAUGAUCAAUGGCACUUUUUGAAGAAAGGAGUCCCUCAUUUGGUUGUAUAUACUGCUUUUUUCUACUUCUCGUUGGCCUUCGUUGUGAUGGCCGUCAUUUUAAAUGUCAUCUUCUUGUAUUUUCCCCUCGUAAACCUGCCCAAGUCAUCUAUCAAAGAGUACCUUAAAGAUGGAAACGGAAGAAUAUGGGCCAUUGUUGCCGGGUUGCUGUGCGGAUUUGGAAAUGGUCUUCAGUUCGUUGGAGGCCAGGCUGCUGGCUAUGCAGCCGCAGAUGCAGUUCAGGGAAGGAGUUCCUGAAAUCUGGCAAUAUAAAGUUGGAAUUCUGCACAUCUGCAGGAGUAUCAAUUAAAGCAGAUUCCCAUUAACUCUAGUAGAGACGAUCAACUCUUAAGGCAAAAAUGUGAUUAAUUUGAUCAACAAUGUCAUCGGCUGGAAAGUCAUUACAACUUUUUUCUAAUCCGUGUUAUGCAACGAUUCUUAUGUAUUUUUACAGCCUGGUUUUCUAACUUCGUUCAACGUUUCAGGCACUUCCCUUAGUAAGCACCUUUUGGGGCAUACUUUUCUUCGGGGAGUACAGAAGGUCAUCCAAACGGACGUAUGUGUUACUGGUUAGUAUGCUCGUUAUGUUCAGUAUCGCAGUGGCGUUGCUACUUGCUUCGGCUGGCCAGCGGAAAACAACAGUUGGAGGUACACAAAUCAAUCACAUUCAACACGAAAAGAGACGACCAAGUGAGCAUUAUGUCAAUGGAAGUUUCGACUUUUAGCUGGCUGUUCCAUCCUGCUGUUCCAAGAGUAGCUGAUUUCUCUUGGUAUCGGGGAGGUAUAUACUAUAUAUAUAAGAAUAAGGCUGUAUUCUGAGUGUUUCAAGAAUAUCUUCGAGAUUCUCUGCGCGAGUGUCCUAGAUGUGAUGAAGGCACGAUAAGGUAAUGCUAAUGCACCAUCUUUGUGCUUAAAAUGUUGGAUUCAUCAGGCACGAUGAUACUUAGAUGAAAAGUGAUUACAACCCAUUUGUGGUGUAGUGUGUACCUUUAAAGUGUGAGGAUCUUUGCCUGUGUAGAACUUGUGUAAUCAAUGGGCACAUGAGCAUUGUACAUGGUGUAAGAUCUUGCUACUUUUAUCAGUGUGCCAGAAUACUAGUCUGUAAGAUCUUGUGGUAGCUAUGAGUCAACUCGUUUUUAGGUUGUAUGAUAUGAUAAUGAUUUUAAACUUUAAAAUGAAUAAUAGAAUUAGAGUUUUAAAUUUUAGCACAUUUUACAAUUUUUCUUUGUAAAUUUAAGUUCAUUUGUAAGGUUAUAUAUUUUGUAAUUUGAUUAUAUCGAUUUGAUUUUACUCCUAAACUGAGUUCAACACGAUUGG